AUGGUGAAAAGUUAUGGUCGACGCUACUAUCAGACAAGUAUUACACCAAAAUAUCGACCCAUCGUCAGCACCCGAACCCCCGACCUCUUAUCCAAAAGGGGACAAUCAGAAGCUCACAGAGCGCCGUCGGCGGCAGUGAUCAAAUACGAGUCAAAAUCUAUCUCCGGAGAAGAGUGCUGGCGAAGUGGUCAGGAGCAAAUUUUUCGAGCUUCCUCUAGGGGCGGCGACAGGCCACGGACAGGCGGCCGACCAGCGGCGACGCCCAGCGGCAGAGGCGGGGGCGGCGGCGACGCGUCGCUUGGCGGAGAGCAAGCAAGAGCGAACGACGUGCCCUGGGCACCAGGAGAGGCGGCGGCGGCAGCCGUGAUGGGUCGCGGAAAGCUGGCCCGGUGUAUUUUGACCUCUAAUUAUAAUAAAUGGGGUUCACUGGGGGUGCCAGACAUGCCCACGCGAUUACUGUUGUCACAAAACAACCUCGCGCCUGAAAGCCUGCAAAAAGCGUGCCGCGCGUGCAGUCUGGAGGGCUGUCGUCGGGGAGAAGUACCGGUCCGCCUCCGCCGCCGCUGCAGACCCCGCGUCGCCCCUCCGUGCUCGCUGACGCCGCGAGUCUCUCAAGUGGAGGGUACCACCGCCCGAGUCCCCUCCACCCCCUCUGCCCCUCCUCUCCGCCCCGCCCUACUUCCCCUCCUUGCCAUCCUCGCGCUACUCACCCUCCUCACGACCAUCCCCGUCUUCGCCCUCUUCGCCCUCUCCGUUCUCAUCAUCUACUCGCCCUCCUCACCCGUCACUCUCCUUGUCCUCCUCGCCAUUCUGUUCUGCGUGACCCUGUACUUCUUGGCAUCUACACUUUUUGAAUUGUUAAUCACUAGCUACGACCCGCCUUUGAAUGGGGGUCACAAUGCAAUCGCGCUUCACUGGUUCCAUCAAGGCGAUGAUGUUCUACCGCGCAACAUUGCAAAACGCAUCUUGAGCAAUGUCACAGAUCUCCAACAAAAUAGUGCUUCUUUAGAUGGGUAUCACGGAAAACUUCUUAGGGCUAGCUACGAAAUUGUCCAGAAAUUGUUUCUGGAAACCUUCCUUUUUCUUCAAGUAGAACAUCGCGAGGCGGUGUCGUUAGUCAACUGUGAAUUAGGCAACCCGCUUGACAUUCGUUCUUUGGUUUCGUGUAGCAGUGAACUUUGCAAUUGCCAUGCCACAUACAUUUUGCAGGAGGAGGAGGAGGAGGAGGAGCAGGAGCAGGAGGAGGAGGUGGAGAAAGGAGAAAACUAUCCGAACAACAUUCGCUCGGCUAUUCUUCGUGUUUUACAUGGCCCAGAUUCACCUAUAUCACAGCCUCUGCAGACAUUAGAUACGGACGACAGUGAUGACAAAUAUCGUGCAAGCGACGGACGCAGAGCAGUUAAAAGUGCAGUGUUACGAAACGUGUUACUUUAA